AUGGCAAACUUCAAGGUUGACGCCCUAGAUGUCAUUCUUGCGGUGGCCACAAGGGACGUGGACGUGGGUGCUUCGAAGCCAACCAGAACGCUACGCUGCAAAAGACUUCGCGUGCUUUGCCUGCACUACUUUUUGGACAAGGACUUCGUGCAACUUGAUCCUGCAACUGCUGCCCAGUUGAUACUGGUAGCGGAGCGGUUGCGCUCCUGGGCUCCACUGCGCUACUCCAUUUUCACCAUCUACUUCCACUCCAACUUCAACUUUCCUGCUGAGCUCUUUGAUAGCAUCAACUUAUGGACGGCUUGGAAGUUAGUUGAAAGUUUUGAUGUGACCAAGAUUGACGAAGAGAAGCCGUUCGAUGAUGUGAUCUCCAUUCUUGAUGCAGCUUUCAAGUAUGAUGCCAGAGUUCGCAUGCCCCAAGACUUUGAUGCCUACUUCAACUUGUCACGACGGCCAGGUACCACCCUGUUGAACUUUGUCACAGAGCAUGAUGAGAAGUUGAGGAAGCUGGCAGAACAUGGAGUCAAGCUUCCGGAUCAAAUGCAGGGCUGGAUUCUUUUGCGUCGUGCCAAUUUGACCAAGGAGCAGCACCAGCUUGUCCUUUCCCAGGCUCCGAAGCUUGAGAAACUCAGGGUCCAAGAAGCGCUGUUUGUGAUUCUUGGACAGGCCUAUGCUGCUCAGGAUGAUCAAGACUUUGAUGAGCCUGAGGUCCUCGAAGAGGCCUACUAUGAGUAUGAUGAGAAAUACGAAGGUGAUGACCCUAGCUGGAUCGGUGAUGAGUCAUUUGAUGGCGAUGCAGCCUACUUCCAUGAGGAUGACGACGCCUUUGAGGGUUCUGAGCUUGGCGACAACUUUGACGUUGAAUCGUAUGACAUGGCGUAUGCUGCAUAUCUUGAUGCUCGUCGCCGUUUUCAAGAUCUCAAACUUUCCCGAGGUUUUCUUCCAGUCGUUGCUCUGACUGACCAAGGAGCAGCUUCGCCUACGAGCACUGGAUCCAACUCUCCCUCCAAGGGAAAGGGCUAUGGCAAGAAAGGCGGAAAGGGCAAGGGCAAGGCUCGAAGCUCUACCACUGUUCGAUAUCCACCUCGUGGCGAUCGACGUGCACCUGACCCCAAGGGCCGAGCUUCAGCUGUGCUUCAAUGCCUCCGAUGUGGCGCCUAUGGUCACCAAGCUGCACAAUGCCCACGACCUGCUAAGCACUCAGGUUCCACCUCUGCACCUGCAAGCCCUUCCAAAAAGCAGCACAUCGAGGGAAUGGCAGUCACUUGUCUUCCAAGUGAGCAUGGACAUGUGAUUUUUGAAGAUUUAGCAGGGCGACCUCGAGUGGACUGCACAAUGCUUGACCCAGGUGCUAGUGCUUUCUUGAUGGGUUCAGGUCCUUUCCACCGUUAUGUGGACCAUCUUCGACAACUUGGGUUUGAUGUGAAUGGAAUUGCAAUGACCAAGACGUCGCGCACUUUCCACUUUGGCGGCGACCAUUCCACCACGAGCCACUGGAUUGCUCGUGUGCCUGUCUUCAUCAACAACUCCUUUGGCUACGUUCAGGCCUUCAUCAUUGCUGGCGAGACUCCAAUGCUUCUUGGGCGUCCGAUCAUCGAGAGCCUUGGCAUUGUGAUCAACUUCAAGCGGCAACAAAUGAUGUUUGAGGGCCAUGACUGGCGACAGAUCAUUGUCGGACGGCAUGGUGAGUAUCUUCUCUCACUCACCGAGGAUUUUGAUGCAGAGCUGGCCUCACAACCUCCAAGUUUUGACCUCAGCCUGGACGAUCAGUCGCAGGCUUCAGAUGGUUCCACUUCACAGCCUUCACAGGUCUUGGACUUUCAGACCUAUCAACAGCAAGAGAAGGUUUUUCUUGGUUCUGAUGCUCCUCAGUGCUUACCUGGUGAACGCAACGUCCUCAACAAGCACUGGAAGAUGUUUGAAAAUGCCCUGGUGACCGAGGAAAAACGAGUGCAUGCCACUGUCACUCGUGAACUCAACGACCCUGAAGUCAAACCUCGUGUCAUCUGGGAGGUUUAUGCUGGUGAGUCUCGAAUGAGCCAGAUUGCUGAGACUCUUGGAUGCCAUGUGGAAUCCUUCGGCUAUGAGACCGGCUGGGAUUUUGACUUGCCAUCCCAACGGAAGGCAUUCAUGAUGCGUUUGAACAUGGAAAUGCCAGACGAGGUCUUUUUGGCUCCUCGCUGUGGACUUUGGAGUCGCAUGCAAGCAAUCAAUGCGACCACUCCUGAGAAGAAGGAAUCCCUCCAGCAGCAGCGAGAUGACCACCACAGGGAAUCAUCUCAAGUUUGUCAAAGAGAUCUACCUCUCCCAAGUUCAUGGCGGUCGACAAGCCCACAUUGA